UCUUUUUCCACCAGAACUUUUCGAAAAAAGAAGUCGUGUUUCCAAACCGAGAAAAGUGGUCACCCUUCGGAUGUAAGAAGUGUUUCUCUCUGCAAGAGUAGCUACUGGUCAGUAGUAAACCAGAUAAUUCUUGCCUACCAUCCGUUGCCCGUUCAAGGUGGAAAGGUUGCCGAUUGCAGCAGUGGGAAAAAGUGGAAAUUGAACCCGUUUGAAUUGGUCGGACAGGAGUAAAAAGUGCCACCCAGAGUGGAAAUUAAUUUUCACUUGGGACUACCAUCGGUGGAGUGUCGUGUCGUGUCGUGGGACGGUGUUCAGUUCACCCUCAAAUCAAUUAAUGGCGACCUGUCGGCGUUAGGCGAGACCAGUUCCAGAGUGGUUUUUCUAGUGUUGGGGCGAAAGUGUUUUUCAACUAUUGUCACAAUAAUAGAAUCUAGAGUUCGGAAAGCUUCCCGGCCGAUUGUGAAGUGCUAAAUCGAGUGGUGAGCUGCGGAUAUUCGAAACAUGGUUCUCAGCGAAAGUCAACUGGCACUAUGCACCGUUUUUACACUUUAUUUAGGUGGACUUCCGCUAAUGUACAGCCCAGCCCCACGAGGUGAUUGCGAAAAUUGCUGCCCCAUCCGGGAACCGAAGGAUAUUCAGUUUUUCCUUUUCACAAGACAAAACCGUGACAAGGGAGAUGUGCUCUUCGUUUCGGACAAGAAACAUCUGCGAAAGUCCCACCUCAACAGGACCAAUCCGUUGGUGAUCUAUAUGCAUGGGUUCUCGGAACGGGCACCAGGCGGCGCCGGCGAGAGCAGCAAACAGAUAAAGGAUGCUUUUCUGGACGCCGGCGAUUACAACGUGGUUCUGGUGGAUUGGAGUCCCCUAACGGCGCUCCCGUGGUACGUCAAUUCGGUGCAGAAUGGGCCCCGAGUAGGGCGGUACAUAGCGCGGUUCAUUCGGUUUCUGGUCCUAUCGAACUACCCCCUGAAGCAGAUCCAUCUGAUUGGGUUCAGCCUUGGGGCGGAAGUGGCCGGUUUUGCCGGCAAGACGCUGAACGAGUGGGGCAUGAAGCUGCCCAGGAUUACGGGCCUAGACCCAGCCUUCCCUUUGUACGUUUUCGAACGAGCCUCUCAAAGAUUGAGCCCAAGCGACGCCGAAUUUGUGGACGUCAUCCAUACCGACGGAGGUCUCCUGGGCUAUCCCUGGCCCCUGGGGCACGUGGACUUCUACCCUAAUGGCGGAAUCCCUCUGCAACCGGGUUGUGCCCAACAGGAGCUGUCCAAGAAUCGCUGGCUCGGAGUCAUCAUCGGAUGUUCCCACGCCCGGGCAUGGCAAUAUUUCGCCGAAUCUGUCACCCGACCGAAAGCCUUCCUGUGUGAUCGAUGCGAGAAUCAAACGAAUGAUGACGAAAGUGGAACUCAGAAACGGGACACCUCGGCCAAGGGUAACUGCACUAUGGCCAAGCAAGUGUACAUGGGAAUGCACACGGAUCGAACCCUCCGGGGAAGCUACUACCUGACGACCAAUCCGGAACCACCUUUCGGAAGAAAUCUGCCAUUGGAUUGAGUACAAUUUUAGAAAGUAGAGGGCAUUUGUCGAUUUAACACUUUAAUGAGAAACACGCUCUCUAUGCGUGCAGCCAAAAAUGUAAAUAGAUUUGUACUAAGUAACGUUGUUCAAAGUCAUAGUUAGAAUAAUGAAAUUGAG